AUGUUUCUGCUGCUGUGGUCAAAGUGUGAAGGAAGGGAGUCGGAGCUGAACACCGUGACCUGCGGCUCUCUGCUCAAACUGCUCAACACCAGACACAACGUCCGUCUGCAUUCCCACGAUGUCAAAUAUGGCUCAGCUGCAGCACAUGCAGUUCGUAGAGAUGCUUCACCAAUCAGCUCAGCUGCCUUGCUCAUUUACACAGCAGUUGCAAUGCCAAUGCUGUACAAUACUCGCUACAGUUCCAGGAGGCGGGUCACAGUCAUGAUAUCCGUGGUGUGGGUACUGUCUUUCGCCAUAUCAUGUCCCCUAUUGUUCGGCCUAAAUAACACAGCUACCCGUGAUGAGUCUCAAUGUGUGAUCGCCAACCCGGCCUUCGUGGUAUACUCUUCCAUCGUGUCCUUCUAUGUUCCCUUCAUCAUCACUCUGCUGGUUUAUGUGCAAAUUUAUGUGGUGCUGAGGAAGCGCAGAAAACGUGUAAACACCAAACCGAAGCAGCGUAUCUGUCAGGCGGCCGACCCUGAUAUGCCUACUUUGCUGAAGGAUAAGUGCACUCAUCCAGAGGAUGUGAGGUUGUGCACCAUGAUUGUUAAAUCUAAUGGAAGUUUUCCUGUCAACAAGAAGAAAGUGAUAUUCAUCAAAGAAGUAGUCCAUGAGGGGGAGGAGCUGGAGCUGGAUGAGCUGAACAACAGUGGCAGCAGCCAGAAACAGAAGCAGCCGCCACAGUGUGCUCUGGGAGACACUCCGGCCACCAGCCACCAGCUACUGAUGCCCAACAAGGCCAACGCUAGCCCCACCUCCUCACCCCCCACACCCCCUGAGCAGGGCCAGAAAGCAGAGAAAAAUGGAGAUCCUACCAAGGAGGUCCUCCGGGAUCCAGCACCCCUUGUGGCUAAAGCCUUCCAGACGCAAGCAUUACCUAAUGGCAAGACUCAGACCUCUGUGAAGACCAUGAGCAAGAGGAAGAUCUCCCAGCAGAAGGAGAAGAAGGCCACUCAGAUGUUAGCCAUCGUCCUUGGUGUAUUCAUCAUAUGCUGGUUGCCAUUUUUCAUCACGCAUAUCUUGAACACCCACUGCACAAAAUGCAAGGUCCCCGCUGAAAUGUAUAAUGCUUUCACUUGGCUGGGCUAUGUGAAUAGUGCUAUUAAUCCCAUCAUAUACACCACCUUUAAUGUUGAGUUCAGAAAGGCAUUUAUUAAGAUCUUGCACUGCUAAACUGCAGCAUCACUUUCUGAUCAGACUGAAGGAAGAGCGAUACAUAAAAGCAUCUCUUCUGGCAAAUACCUCAUCCUGUCAAGGGAAACGCAUCAUAGGGGGGAACGGCAAUCUGCUUUUUAAAGCGUAUGGAGCUGAGUGACUGAAAAACUGAUAGUGUCUUAUUAAAAGGCACGUUGGCUCUUUAUGUGCAUUGUUUGUGGGGUCCCAUUCUCCAAAUCACUGAAUGUAAAACAAGAAAUGUCUGUAACAAGGAGCUGUUUCAUUGAGAAAAGAAAAUGUAACAUUGUUCUCUAAAUCAUUGUAUUUGUCACGUGGGUAGCCAUCUGUGUAUACCACACACAUACAAGUUGCAAACUGCUAUUUAUUGUAUAUGUACUUUACUUUUGAAUGAUGGAAAUCUUCUGCAAUUCUUAGUCAGUGUUCAUUGCAGUGUUAAAACUGAUACAAAAGCUCUUAACCGUUAAGCGUAUCACUGGUUGGAAAGUGUGUCCAAGACAAGAUACAUUUUACCUACUGUAUAAUGUGGCUAUGCCAAUAUCCACAUAUUUGCAAUUUUAUAAAUUGAAAAAUUUAUAUUAUUAUUAUUAUUAUUAAAAAUAUCAUUAUUAUUAUUGUUAUUAUUAUUAUUUAUAUUUGCUGUACAUAGUUUUUCUUAAAACAUUAACUGUGAUUAUAUGCCUGCUAUGGAAAUGUGAUGCAUGCUAAGUGGCUCCUUAAUUGAUUAUUCAUGAAAUGUAUGUUUAACAAAAGAUGUCCAAUAAAUGAAGUUAUGAGACACUGUAAAGUGCCACAUGAAUAUCAGUGUUUGCCGUGUAUAAAAAGAUACACCCAUAAAUGAUUUGACAGCAGCUUCUGUGUUGUUCCCGGGACUAUUUUGCCAUUUGAGAAAUGUUGUUUUCUGGAAGUUACUCUGGGCACUGCUGCAGUGGAGUUGUUCCAUGGCAAACUAAUGACCUGUAUGUGGACUUUGCAGCUUCCAGGUAUACUCAUGUGGAUUUGUGCUACCCUGAAGCAGCUCCCCGGGCUUUUGCUGAGUAAGAAUGAGGCAAACUUGGCAAAACUGAAAUAACAGAUACAGCAUUACAGCUGUGUCUUACAAAGCCUGCGUUUCAUUUCAGUUCAACAAUAAAGACAUUAUCAAUUAAGAUAUGUUAGUGUUUUGACGGAUAUUAGCCAGAGAUUACUGUACAGGGAAUUCACAGAAAUAAUGUUUGUUGUCGAGUGCUUUAUUUCAAUCAAGAAAAUAAACUCUGAAAAAGGUGAUUUUUGUUUUUUUUAUAUUUGUGGAAAUCAGUGGCUAAAACAUGCAAAAUGUUCUUGUCCCUCGACCAACCAUUCUAUAAGGAACAAAAUGUCUAGCCUGAACAGGAUCUAGGAGGGUACAGAGGUAUCAGAAUCAAUCAGAUUUGUGGCAUUCAAUAAAUGUCUUCAGUCCAUCCCAUGGAAAGGGUUGUGGCU